GAAUACAAUCAUCGUAGAAUUAUAUUUUCUUCCCUCGCCUGAUUCAUUGCGGAAACAUCUUUAUAUACAUUCAGAACUUCAUCCCACUUACCACUACCACUACCAGAACUAUCACUCAAAUCAGUCCGAACCAACACUGCGCGGUACUGAAGCCAAAACAUAUUAAACCAUACCAACUCAUCUCAUCUCAUCUCAUCACCUCACUUCACAAACCUCAAACCUCAAACCCCAUACAACACAUACCACAACUCAACCAUGUCAACCAUGACGCGUCUCAGCAAAACAAACCCUGCGCUCGCCGCCAAAAUAUCACAAAUGGCUCUUCCCCUUGCCCCACUCGUUCGUCUCACCACAGGACAAAUCCAUCCCUCGUUUCCCAAGAAACUUCUGAAUUUCUGGCUUCUCACGUCCGCGGAACUAGACGAGCUCGCGCACUUUUAUCAUCAGCGCACUCCGUGUCAGUGGACGAUGCAUUAUCCGUGUCCGGUGUAUUGGGACGUCGAUGCGGAUUUGGAGGUGAAGAGGAGGAGACUGGGACGAUUUAUUGGAUUGAGAGGGUGCGAUACUCCGGUUGAGAGUGUCGAGGAUAUUGAGAGGAGAGUCAGACAGGAGAGGGUUAGAAGGGCGGAAGAAGAAAUGUUCAGGAAUAAGAAUCAGUGGUACUAGGUUUGGGUGCUACUAGACGACGAGAUACGUUUUAUUUGAUGCGUUGAGACUUUGCAUUCGAAGAUUAAUAUAAUUAUAUUUUCA